AUGGGGCUCCGAGUCACGUGCUUCCACUGGUCGAGGGACCUGUCGAGCUCGGCCCAACACGGCCCCGGGGGUGCCUCCUUCACCCCUGGGGCACUGGCCUCGCCACCCAGUGCCGGUGGCCUCGCCCACCACCGGACGUGUUUGCGCGGCUCACCCCUUGGGUAUCCCUCGGCCAGACGGAUCCAUCGUGCGCCCCGCUACCUGUGGAGUACCGUGCCGGAGAGCCAGAGCGCCGGUCUCGUAUCCCAACGUCCGCUGGCCAGGCUGGCCGGCCUGAUCAAGCUUGGCAUGAUCAAGCUUGUAGCCCUCCUGGCCAUAAAUGCAGUUGAAGCCUCCAGCCACUGUUUUAGGCCAAGGCAGGCCACCUGGGUGAGGCCAAGGCAAGCCACCUAUGUUAGGCCAAGGCAGGCCGGGUACGAUGUGUGGUGGAGGAGAGCAUCAAGCGGGCAGCGGCACUGGGUGCUGUGCGCUCCAGCGGAUGACUGGCUGUGCGUCCGGCAGGGCGUCCACUGUGCAGAGGACUCCGCGACUACUGAGAGCAGGCAAGUGCAGGAGUGUGGGCGUCCGGCUGAUGACGGCCGCUGUGUGCCGGGCAGCCCUACGGGGUUGGCGCCCGGCAUAUGUACCGGUUUGAAGUGGGUCAUCAAGGCUCUGGUCUUGCCUUCACGGCAAGCUCUUCGCCGGCGCCUUCUCACAGCAUAUCCGCCGCGCGGAUCCAGCAGGAAUGUGGGACUGGCAUGCAGCGACAUGGGCAGCCGUCACAGGGAGGCCGCGCCGCCUUGCAGCACAGACCUGCUGCUGGCAGAUGACACCAGGGUGUGGGAGCCGCCGCGGCAACUCAGGCCUCUCUGGCAGCGCCUCCGCUUAGCUACCAUCUGCCAGUUCUGGUCCGCCUACCACCGACAGCCGCUGGAGCUCUGUUUCGACAUGGCCCUGGCACCCGCGCACCGGGGGGACGCUCUGGUGCCCGCGCCCGCAGCACCCACGCUGUCCCUCUUCGGCCUCUGGGGCAGCCAAGUCGGAGGCGGCGCGAGGCCACCACGCGCCGUUAGGUCCUCCACAGGAUCAGCAAGGGAGAGGCCCGCCCCUCGAUCCGCUGCGGCCAUCUGGGCCGACACCACGGACGAUCAGCGCAGCGGCCUGAGAGCACUUGAGGCGCGCUGGCAGUCCAGAGCAGGGGCAGCGGGCACAGGGACUGGGGUUCUGGGAAAGCGCCCCCGGGGGGAGCCCGACCCCUCCACCUACGCAGCAUGGAUGCGCCCGUCGCGGCAGCGGCUUGUUCCGUUGCGGGAUCGCCAGCGCAUCACGGCCUGGCGGCUGGGUCGCGGCAAGCUUUUCGUCGGCGCCUGCUCACAACACAUCCGCCGCGCAGAUCCAGCAGGACACAGCUGCCCGCAUAGCGGCUGCGAGAGUCAGCCCGCCACACUCACCCACGUCUUCAUCACUUGCCCCUUGGCAGCAGGGGUGUGGGACUGGCAUGCAGCGACAUGGGCAGCCGUCACAGGGGAGACCGCGCCGCCUCGCAGCACUGACCUGCUGCUGGCAGAUGACACCAGGCGCGGCCGUCAUCAGCCGGACGCCCACACAUCGCCCGGGCAGUUUGCAGCCCGUAUCUUGUCUUCCUGCCGAAAGGCUCUCCUGGCCGACUGGCGACUUGCCACCGCCAACAUCCGGCUGUCAGCGGGCGUGCUCAGCGACUGGCUCCAGGGACGCGACCCCACACUCAGCCGGGAAGAGUUCACAGCGCGCUGGUGCCACCGCGGAGUCCUCUGCACAGUGGAUGCCCUACCGGACGCACAGCCAGUCAUCCGCUGGAGCGCACAGCAUCCAAUUGCCGCGACGGAGCUCCUUGCACCUUCACCAUUUGCCAGCGCGGAAUGGGGCCUCAAGCACGCGGUACCACCGGUCAAGGGACCCGCCGAGCUCAGCUCUGCACGGUCCCUGGGGUCACCCUCCACCCCCGGGACACUGGCCUCGCCCCCCAGUGUUGGUGGCCUCGCCCCCAACCAUGGGCAUCCCUCGGCCGGGCGGCUCAGUCGUGGGCCCCGCUACCAGUGGAGAUCAAGACCGGAGCGUCGGAGCGCCGUCGCCAUGCACGUGAUUGCUUGCCUGUGA